ACCGAAAUUCGCAAGUUCUUUUUUUUUACUUCCGUGUCCCUGCCUCUGAGAUGUUUCUCACUACUGUAAAUGUUUGUUGUGCGUGGUUUGUGUUUUAGUGGGAUCGAGACAAUGGAGAUUUUACUGAAGAUACUUUGUGUUGGACUUGCUGUCAUUCCAGUGUCCUGUUUCGUUAACCUUGCACAAAUGACGGAAUAUGGAGGUCAGGCCUCCCAAAGUUCAACAUAUCCCGAUCAGCCCUGGACUGCAGACAAAGCAGUGGACGGAUACCUUCAGCAUGAUAACAAUGAAUCUACCUGUAGUUUUACUAAGGACUUUACAUCACCAACAGCAUGGUGGAAAUUUUCUUGGAGGAAAACAGCAAACGUUGCAUACUUGGAGAUUUAUUUUAGGAAUAGAUCUGCCGGUGUACAUGUCGGGUUUUCCGUUUUCGUCUUCAAUUACCCUGGUUUUACUCCAACGUCAUAUUCUCCCAAUAAAGUAUUUACUCAGGGAUCAUCACCGUGUCCUACCCCUGUUCUGAAUGUCACAGUCAAUAAAGCUACCACAGGGAUAGCGCUGUUCAACACGAAGAAACCGCCUGUAGUAACAAACUGUAAAGGAUAUCGAUAUGGUCAUCCAUAUGCUACCAUUGAAACAUGUGAAGUCAAAAUAAUGGGUUGCCCGUAUGGACAUUUCGGCGAAAACUGCUCACGAUGUGGACUUUGUCAGGACAGAUUGUGUGACGUAUUUAACGGAUCCUGUAUCCAGGGAUGCAGUACCCACGUGAUGGAUCCUCCUCUCUGUAUCCAUUGUAAGAAUGGUUUUUAUGGAAGAAACUGUAGAGAGACCUGUGGGAAAUGUCGUACCAGAACACGUUGUGAUGACGUCACGGGCACCUGUCCAGCAGGAUGUCAAGAUCACUGGUCCGGGCCUAAGUGUGACAUGUGUCAGGACGGUGUUUACGGGUCUGACUGCACAUUACCGUGUGGACAAUGUAGACACGGAUCAGACUGUGAGAAGACAACCGGUAUUUGUACAGAGGGGUGUCAGGGGAAGUGGAGUGGAACCAAAUGUGACGCAAGAAUCGAAAAUUGUAGAAAACAAAAUUAAACGACGUUCCAGUUGAACGGAAACUGUUUUCAAGAUUAGUUCAGACGUGUACAGAUUUAAGUAAGAUAGUCCAGACGUGUACAGAUUUAAGUAAGAUGAGUUCAGACGUGUACAGAUUUAAGUAUUUGAUAUCAUGCCAGUAUGUUUCAAUGAAAUGUAUAUGAUUAUUAGUGAUCUGACGAACGUAUUAAAACAAUGGCCUAGUUCGAUCAUCAACAACAGUGAUUAAAGUUGAACAAAAGAACGAUUGAACUGACUUUGGUCGAAACCAGGAGGGGUGUCACGGCGCGUGUCUGGUCUACCAAACAGCAACCUAUGCUUACACAAUGGUGGAACUGUGAUAACCAGACAUGUGUACUGAAGUUCUGGAAACAAGCUAAUGUGUAAUGAAGUUUCGGAGAUGAACUAGACAACUAACAAGGAUGAUGAUUACAUUAGGCCAAUAAUGUAUGGUCCCAGCAUACCAUUACUGUUCUAACAAGGGAAGCUGAUUCGAUAUGUGGUGUAAACAUGAUUUAUCGCUUGUUUUGUGUUAAACCUCCAUUAAUAGAUAUUGUCUUAUCUUACAUGUACCUAAAACAUAAAUGUAUAAAGCUAAAAUAAAAAUUGC